AUUACAUUCACCUUGGUCCUUUACAAAUUUCUGAGCUCUUUCUACGUUUUCAAUCUCUCAAAUGGCAGAUAAUUCUCAAAAGGUGGCUUACCAUGCCGGAGAAGCCAAGGGCGAAGCUCAGGAGAAAGCGAGCAAUCUAAUGGACAAGGCAAGCAAUGCAGUCCAAUCAGCCAAGGAAUCAAUACAAGAGGUUGGACAACAGAUGAAAGCCAAGACACAGGGUGCAGCUGAUGCUGUCAAGGAUGCUACUGGCAUGAAUAAAUGAAAUCGUCCGUGUUUCAACGAAUGUUGUUUUGCAAGAGAAAUAAUAAUUUUUCUAUAAUGUGGUUUCAUUUUGAGUUUUGAGUUUCGUUUGCUUUAUUCAAGGUAAUUUGUCACAGUGACAUAUUAUGUGAAUAAAUUAAAGAGAGUUUCUUGUUAGAGUUUUCGAGCAAUAAAUUUAUAUGAAUUCCUUCUAGUGUUGCGUA